UUUAUUUUCAUGAUUGGAAGUUGGUUUCCCAGUUUCUAGCUCUCCACUCCAAACAGUUCAUAGCAGAGCUCAUUUUCUGUCCAAUGAUUUGUUCCUAAGACAAUUAAAACGUCUUGAAAUACAAACCUCCCUCCCUGUUCUACCAUCAGCCACCAGGGGGCGAUGUGCACGCCCAGGUUACACAGCAGUGUCUCAUAGAAGAAGAGCUAGUAGUAGAAGUUAAACGCAAAUAAUACCGGAGAGCAAACAUACCACCGGGCAAACAAAACAGUCCAAGUUUAGGUUGUGUGCAUAUGGAUUUCCGCCAUGUUCGGUGCUUACUAUGUUUUAAUUGCUUCGCUUCUGAGGCUUUGAUUAAAAUAAAAUGAGUGAACACUAGCUGAUGGCAGCUGCAGCACUACACGGCUGACUGGGCUACCGAUCGCCUUUUAGUUCUCAUUAACACCGCUGUGUGCAUCGUCUUCAUCUCUCCAGCUGAUGGAAGAAGGUUUCAGUGGAGAUCAGGACGUCCGGAGCCAAAGUCUGUGCGGGAUACGGAAUCGGAGAGCAUGCACGCGCACGAAGACGGCGCGCGCUCACGGCGGACCGGGGAUACCUGGAGCUUCAAGUUCAGAUUCCAGCAGUCGCUCCAGUGUCAACGGAUCAUCUCCCAACCUGUGUCCAUCUCGGGACUGGACCGGAAGUAGCGGUUCCGCGGCUGCGCUCCUCACCGUGCUGCUCGCCUCCGUGUGCACGCGCUUCUACACGCUCACCGAGCCGCCGCACGUGUGCUGGGAUGAGACCCAUUUUGGGAAAAUGGGCAGCUAUUAUAUAAACCGGACCUUUUUCUUCGAUGUUCAUCCUCCGCUUGGAAAGAUGUUGAUCGGCCUAGCAGGAUAUCUGACAGGCUACGAUGGCACCUUUCCUUUUAUCAAACCAGGGGACAAAUAUGAUCACCACAACUACUGGGGGAUGAGAGGGCUGUGUGCAGCACUCGGCUCCUGUCUGCCUCCAUUCGCUUUUCUGGUGGUCCGGGAGCUGUCUCGUUCUACUACCCCUGCUCUCAUUGCAGCUUUCCUGCUCGUGUUUGACACCGGAUGCAUCACCCUCUCACAGUACAUCCUGCUCGAUCCCAUCCUGAUGUUUUUUAUUAUGGGUGCUGUCCUGAGUAUGGUCAAAUUCUACCGGCAGAGAUUCAGCCCCUUCCGCUUCUCCUGGUGGCUGUGGCUGCUCCUGACAGGAGUGAAUCUCGCUGGGGCUCUUGGCGUGAAGUUUGUUGGGCUGUUUGUCAUUUUAUUAGUGGGCAUCAGUACUGCGUGGGACCUCUGGAAACUACUGGGUGAUGUUACUCUCUCUCUGGUGGAUUUUGCUAAGCAUUUGGCUGCUAGAGUAUUUGGGUUGAUAAUAAUCCCCUUGUUCCUGUACACUACAAUAUUUGCUGUUCAUUUUGUUAUCUUAAACAGAAGCGGUCCAGGAGACGGUUUCUUCAGCUCGGCUUUUCAGUCUCGCCUGAUUGGAAACAACCUGCACAAUGCCACCAUGCCUGAAUACUUGGCGUAUGGCUCAGUAAUAACCGUGAAGAACCUGCGAAUAGCUGGAGGAUAUCUUCAUUCCCACUGGCACCUGUAUCCUGAGGGGGUUGGAGCCCAACAACAACAGGUCACUGCUUACCUUCACAAAGACUAUAAUAAUCUGUGGCUCGUCAAAAGACCCGAUAAUUAUGAUCCCACAGGGACUCCUGAGCUCGUUCGACACGGUGACGUCAUUCGGCUGGAGCACAAAGAGACCACACGCAACCUGCACAGUCACCUUCAUGAGGCACCACUGACUAAGAAGCACCUUCAAGUCACAGGAUAUGGCAUUAAUGGAACAGGGGAUCCUAAUGAUCUUUGGCAGGUGGAGGUGUGUGGAGGAAAGAAGGGCGACCCGGUGAAGGUGUUGCGCAGUAAAGUGCGCUUCCUACAUCGCUCCACUGGCUGCGUGCUCUAUUCCUCAGGCAAGAUGCUCCCAAAAUGGGGCUGGGAACAGGUUGAGGUCACGUGUAGUCCAUACUUAAAGGAAACCCCAAACUCACAGUGGAACAUUGAAGACCACAUCAACCCCAAACUGGCCAACAUAAGUUUGUGUGUGCUGAAGCCCUCUUUCCUGGAGAUCUUGCUUGAAUCUCAUAUUGUCAUGAUCAGGGGAAACAGUGGCCUAAAACCUAAAGACAAUGAGGUUAACUCGAAACCUUGGCACUGGCCCAUCAACUAUCAGGGGUUGAGAUUUUCCGGAGUGAAUGAAACAGAGUACCGUGUGUAUCUCUUAGGAAACCCUGUGAUCUGGUGGCUGAAUCUGUUUGCUCUGACUCUGUUUCUUGUCAUGGUGUGUUUGUUUUCUCUGGCUUUACAAAGAGGAGCUAAACUUGAGGAAGAGAGGAAAGCAAAUUUUCAGAUUCUUAGAGACGGUGGUGGAAUGUUGUUUUUGGGUUGGGUGCUACACUACGUGCCCUUCUACAUCAUGGGCCGAAUUCUCUACUAUCACCACUACUUUCCCGCCAUGCUCUUCAGCAGCAUGCUUACAGGACUAACAUUGGACACACUUUUGCAGAAUGCUGACCUUUUGUGCAGUCCACCUGUUUCAAAAUGCAUUUUAAGAACAGGUCAAAUGGUGCUCCUGUUCUUACUCCUUUACAGCUUCUAUCUGUUCCACCCUCUGUCCUACGGCAUGAAGGGACCGCUUGCCCACGAUUCUGCAUCUUCCAUGGCAGGACUCAGAUGGUUGGAUUCCUGGGAGUUUUAAAGUGUUAUAUAACCUAUUAACUAGUGUAGUGACUGGAGAGCUGCUAGAAAAAAAGUGACUAUAAAAUAGUGAUAGUUUGGUAUCUAAUGCAAGGUACUUGAUGUUUCAUUUCAUGAGAUUGUUAUGAAAUUUAUUCAAAUGGCUACACGAUGAGCAGUUUGUGAAGUAUCAGUAGAUCCAUUUAAUUAGCGCAGAGCUCUGUUUCUCUUACAGAGCGGAAAAUAAGUUCGAAGGUUGUUCUCAGUAUUGUGAAAACGUUAUUUAAUUUGAUGUGUUUGUAGGAUAGUACUUUAGAAUUACUUCAGGUUUGACCAGAAGAAACAAUCACAAAGUGCCUUUUAGCUGAUAAAAUGUACUGAUUCAGUGGGAUUAGUGAGAUUAGAGAUAAAAAGUAAAGGUUAUGUGUCUAGAAAGCUUCCCAAAACUGCUCAUAUUCAUUUGUCGGGUCAGAUUGGAUUGUCGAACAAAUUUGAAUGUAAACAUUAAAUAUUUUUUACAAACA